AUGGUGUCGGAGUUCAGAAAGAAAAAGUUCAUACAUGUGUUUACUACCUUCUUUGAUACAGACAAAAGUGGUACUAUUACGAAAGAAGACUUCGAUCAGGCUACCCAGAAAGUAGCUGAAGUCAAAGGGUGGGCUGAUGGAGAUCCAGACUUUGAAAAGAUAAAAGAUGGUCACCAGAAGGUUUGGCAGUUGCUUAAGGGCCAGGCAGAUGCAGAUGACGAUGGUGUCAUUACUCAAGAUGAAUGGGUCACUAUGUGGGAUUCUUUAAUUAAGGAUCAAGGCACAUCAGAACCACCCGAAUGGGCAAGCCGAAAUUGUAAAUAUAUGUUCCAAUUCAUUGACACGGGUAGCGAUGAUGCCAUUGAUGAGAAGGAAUUUGUCGCUGCCUACUCAUUCUAUGGCUUUAGCGAAGAAGACGCUUCAGAAGCGUUUAAGAAAGUUUCAAGUGGCAAGGAAUCUAUUACCUUUGAAGAAUUUCAGGAAUUGUGGAAGGAGUUCUUUUUGUCAGAAGAUCCAGAGGCACCAGGCAAUUACAUUUAUGGACCACUUUAA